UUAGGCAUAAACACAGUCCGAGCUGGUAGUAGACUCCACAAAUAUGGGAAAAAAAGAAGAAAUUUUUAACUUGCCAACUGUGACACUUUAAUUUAUUUUUCCCCACACUCUCUCUUGAGUCUUGCCUCUUCUUUGUAGGUCGGAAAAAAAAAAAAAAAAAACACGUUAUAAUAACUCUUACCCACAAGGUUGGCAAGAAAAGUAGUUAAGCCAUAACAGCACACCAGACCAGACCCAGAAAAAUGAACUCCAAAAGCUUCUCCUCAUCAAAUCCAAGCCACAACAAAAAUAAUUACCCAUCAUGGGUUCUCUUCACCACACUCUUACUCUCAUCUCUAUCCCUCACAGUUUCUAAUCCAAGGAUUACCGAGGCAGGGCUCUACUGUGGCACUAGCAAGGCCCCUCUGAAGGCCAACUACAUCCCCAGCUUCAUCAAGGAGAUGGAGAGCCUCUCGCAGCUCGUCACCAGCAACAACUGGGGCACACACUCUGUAAAAAUAUCAGGCUCAGGCUCAUCCAUUCCCAUUUACGGCUUCGCGCAAUGCUUCCGCGACCUCUCCCACACCGACUGCCUCCUCUGCUAUGCCGCGAGCCGCACCAGGCUCCCCCGCUGCCUCCCUUCCGUCUCGGCCCGCAUCUACCUCGACGGCUGCUUCCUCCGCUAUGACAACUACAGCUUCUAUUCGGAAGGCACCGAUCCUUCGAGGGACGCGGUGAACUGCACCGGGGUGGCUGCUGGUGAUGAGGCUGAGAGGGUGGAGCUUCAGGAGAGAGUUGGAAGAGUGGUGGAUAAUGUGGUUAACAUUGCUGAGCGUGAUGGUAAUGGUUUUGGUGUGGGAGAGGUUGAGGGGGUUUAUGCUUUGGCUCAGUGCUGGAACACUCUUGGGAGUGGCGGGUGCAGAGAGUGCUUGAGGAAAGCUGGGAGGGAGGUGAAGGGGUGCUUGCCCAAGAAGGAAGGGAGGGCCUUGAAUGCUGGCUGUUAUUUGAGGUAUUCCACGCAGAAGUUUUAUAAUGAGGAUGGUGAUGCAGGUGGUGGAAAUGGGUUCUUAAGAAGAAGAGGAGUCAUAGUAGCAGAAGUGUUAGCAGCAGCUGCAGUUAUAAUGCUCGCUCUCUCUGCCUCCUAUGCAGCUUUCACAAAAUUUUCAAAGAUAAAAAAAGAAAACAAUAAUCUCGGUCAGAUUUCCUCUUCCAUAAGCAAAUCUAGCUUGAAUUACAAGUACGAAACUCUUGAGAAGGCCACAGAUUAUUUCAACUCCUCGAGAAAAGUAGGCCAAGGUGGAGCUGGUUCAGUUUUCAAAGGUAUUCUCCCAAAUGGGAAAGUUGUAGCUGUUAAGAGAUUGAUCUUCAAUAACAGGCAAUGGGUGGAUGAGUUCUUCAAUGAAGUGAAUUUGAUCAGCGGAAUUGAACACAAGAAUCUUGUCAAACUAUUGGGUUGUAGCAUUGAAGGCCCUGAGAGCCUCCUUGUGUAUGAGUACUUACCCAAAAAGAGUUUAGACCAAUUUAUCUUUGAAAAAAACAGAACUCAGAUUCUAAACUGGAAGCAGCGGUUUAACAUCAUUCUAGGAACGGCAGAAGGGCUUGCAUAUCUUCAUGAAGGCACUAAAAUAAGAAUCAUCCAUAGAGACAUCAAAAGCAGCAAUGUUCUUCUGGACGAGAAUCUCACUCCCAAGAUUGCAGAUUUCGGCCUUGCCCGGUGUUUUGGUGGUGAUAAGUCACAUUUGAGCACUGGAAUUGCUGGAACACUAGGUUACAUGGCUCCUGAGUACCUAAUUCGAGGACAACUUACAGAUAAAGCUGAUGUCUAUAGUUAUGGAGUACUUGUUCUGGAGAUUGUGAGUGGCAGGAGGAAUAAUGUCUUCAGAGAGGACUCUGGCUCGCUUCUACAAACAGCUUGGAAACUAUACCGAUCAAACACAUUAACCGAAGCUGUUGAUCCUUCCUUGGGAGAUGAUUUUCCUCCAUCGGAAGCAUCAAGGGUGCUUCAAAUUGGAUUGCUUUGCACACAAGCUUCAGCUUCCCUAAGACCAUCUAUGUCCCAAGUUGUUUACAUGCUAAGUAAUACAAAUUUAGAUGUUCCCACACCAAAUCAACCCCCAUUUUUGAACACUGGAAUGCUUGACUCAGAUAGUUCCAUUAAGUCUUAUAGCACUAACAGCUUCAUAUCCAAUGCCUUGAAGAAGAUUGGAGUGUCCUACAGCUACUCAGAGUCCUCACGAAAUUCAGAUGGGCCAUCAAGAAGUGAAGAAUCAAUUAUCCAAGUUUGAUUUCCAUGAAAUUAAAUUGCAGUCUUCAAUAACAAUUGGGGUCGAAACAUCACAGUUUUCAAGGUUUCCGUGACUGCAAUAACUGUCACGUUGCUCACAUUUGUCCACAAUGUAUGGCAAGAUCAUGAUUUUGAAGGUCUCCUGAGGGUGACAACAACUGCAGUUUAAAAACAUUGUGAUUGCCAAUAUGUUCCUUGGUUUUGGGUGGUCAUGUCCAUAUGUUGUUUAGUAGAAAGAAAGAGUAAAUUAUUAUAUAAUGUGCUGCGUUUACAUUACAAGUAUAGCAUUUUUUUUUUUAUAAAUAGCAACAAUAAGAUUUGAAUAUAAAACUGUGAGUAUAGUACUGAAACUCUUUAUCAUUAAGCUAA